UGCUGUUGCGUGCUCAUGCUGAAACCCUCCUUUCUGUUUUUGCCUGGACUGGGAAGGUCAGGGUGUGUCACCCGCAGACAGAGUGAGCGUCCCGCUCGGCCGUUUCAGAGUCAGACAGCGUUCUUUGUCAGUCUGGAGUCACACGUGGGCCAGACCCAGGAGAUGCCAUAUCCAGGAUACACCUCCAGUUACUGGUAUCCCACCGGACCCCAGACUCCGUAUCCCAGUGACUACUCUCCGAUGAUGAACCAUCAGAUGCCUCCACAAGGGCUCGUCAACGGCGUCUUUCCUGGCGGACGGCCCUCCUCUCCGGGCCGAGUCCCGCCGAACACGUGGUAUCCCACGGGACCGAGUGAGAGCUGCUCGCCGGAGAGCAUUCCGCGCGAGAACAUCCAGCAGCAGCAGCAGCUCCCCAGCCAGCAAGCUGGGCUGUCCAGGCCCCCGUCGAACGGACAUGCUCCUGCCACGCAGUGGGCCCACUCGCAGCAUGGGGCACCCUCCCACACCCUGUCAGCCAGGACUCCGACACCAGCUCACCCAGCCUACGGUGCUCCAUCACAGCGGGAAGUCUUCGAUCAGCCGCUCCAGUACCCAGUGACAUCCUCGCAAUACCACUUCAGGAACCCGGAGUCAGGCCCUCAGCAGCCCCUGUACCCUCCCCAGCACCAGGCCGCAACUGCCCCAGGAGCCCCAAGCCAGCCCUGGACCCCCUCGACACAGGCACCCCCUCUGCAGUCCCAUGACCCCUGGGCUCAGAGUCGGGUGCCAGGUCUCCCAGCAUCGGCCCAGCAGUAUCCCCACGUCAUGCCCCCUUUCAGGAGCAGUGUCGUUUCCACGCCGGCCCCAGGCUGGCAGAACCCUUCCCUGUAUGAACAGAAGGAUGUCCCAUACCCCUUGAAUCAUCAGGAUAUGCGGGGAACCGGCCUCAGCCACGCUGGCUACCCAGGGACUGAGCAGCAAUCUGCCAGCUACCCCCCCGUGCCAAGCCCGGAGCAGCCGCCAAGCGUGUUACCCACUGCCAGGGUGGAGUACAGUGCCCCCCCGACCAUGUACAAGACCCGCGUGGAGGGCCAGGACGCCAGGGAGGCGGCCAGCGAGGGGGCACAGCCGCCUGGCGCUGCCAGCCACCCUGGCCACGCCAAAGUGGAGCAGGUCCUGGUGGAGCUGCGGCAGCUGGAGGCCGAGGUGGACUGCUUCGAGGGCACCCGGGGAGACAAGGCGUACCGGCGGCUGGAGGAGCUGCUCACCAAGCAGCUGCUGGAACUGGACGCGGUGGAGACCGACGGGCAUGAGCACGUCCGCCAGGCCCGCAAGGAGGCCGUGCACAGGAUUCAGGGCGUGCUGGAGAAACUGGAGACGCUGGCGGGCUAAUGGCCCCCUCCCCACCCCCCCCCCACCCCCCCCUCCCCGCCUGCUGGGCAGACCGAGAGGGGGGGAGGGGAGCCCGGAAACCCACCCGUCGCUGUCCGCUGGGACUGUUUUGAGGAAGUGCCCACAGGAACGGGAUAGACCGACACCAACACCACCCGCCUCCCCCGGCCCCAGCUCCUCCCGUCCCACCCUGAUGACCCCUCGGAGCACGUUCGGCACCUGAUUUGGUUUUCAAACACGCCGGGACCAAAUCUGGGACGCGUGCUCUGACAAGGUGUGACAGGCCGCUGAGAGAAGGCUUUCUCUGGGUGGCAAGCAUCGUGGACGAGGGGCCACCCAAUUCUGGAACUCCCUCUUUCAGGCAAGUCUUCGGACUGACCGCAGAUUGGCUGAAAGACUUCUGCAUGGCUCGCUGAAACGGAUGACGAUCGUGUCACUGCGCUGCCGGGAAAGGAAACGUCGAGCUGAGCGACGAGAGGGGAAAACACAAGACAGUCCUGUGUCCAGCCUGCCCGAACGUGCCGUGCUGUUGGAGGGGGACUGUGGGUUUCCAAGCGUCCCCUGUCCGCCUCAGGGCAGCUGCGUCGACAGCACUGAACACAAGCCGUCCGGUCAGACAGCGCACUCGGCAACAAAGUCUGAUUCCAUCGACACUGCAGGGGAAAAAAAACCCCAUGACGGCCGGUUCCCAGCAAGUCCCCAGACUCCCUCUCCUCCCCAAUCCCCGGUUUCAGUCCAGACUGCAGCCACUCGGAGCGUGGCCGUGCAAGAAUGUCUCCAUCAGGCACAUAAAAUGCCAAUGUCCCUCCCAGGGCAGGGAUAUCUGAGCGAAGGGUGGAAACUCGGGCAGCUGUCAAGAACAGAGAGGUCAACGUUCAGUUUUGUCCGAUUCGGGGCUUGUUCAGUCAGGGGCCAAUGCCUCCUCAGACCUGCCAACGUGCACUUUCACGUUCUUACUCACCACCGUCCCCAUCUUUGAUGGGAUUAAAUAAAUAAGGAAUGGUACGGAUCACUGUGGAAAUGAUCAGGGCGAUGACUGAGGGCUCGUUGUCGCCACGUUCACUGUGUGCUUGCAUCCCCCUCCUCAUGCAGUUUGGUGCAAAUCAAAUAGUCGCCCAUAAACGACCAGGCCACAUGCUCCCUCACCGGCCACUGCCUCCGGAACUGUGCCCCUGAGCUCCAGACUCAGGAAGUCAACUUGCCAUCUCUCUCCAGAUACGAGUGCUUUCCUGUGAUCCCAGUUCCUGUUCUCCCGUUCAGCUUUCACCCGAGCGGUGUGGAUUUGGAUGGAGACCGUGGUGUGGUGCCACGUGGGCAAGCCAGGCUGAACGCUUGGCAUCUUCAGCACGACUUGUGCUGUGACACACACUGUCCAUCCAAGCCUCACCACCUCUUAUGGAUGGAGGGGCAGUUUCUGUUUGGACUGGGUCUCAGUGUACGGUCUUCCACCCGUUAGAGAUAGCUUUAUUCCUUCCUCUCCUUUGACUUGCGUGGUACUGCAUAUGGGGGCAGGAACCUUGGGAUAUCUCACCCAGAAGAUGGCAUUUUGUGUGUACCCCCCCCCCCCCUACCUCCAGGGAGGACAGGGACCUAUACAGAGAUGGAGAGCUGACUGCGCUGUCUAGCACUCAGCGGGACAGGCAGGAAUGCCAGAUUUCCAAGGGAUCCACAACUUCUCCCGCAGGAACAGGGAGUGCUGAGUGGUCAGCAAGUCAACUCUGGUUGAGACGUUGUUUUGGAGAAUCUGAUUGGCUUCCUUCCCAAGCGGAGUGAUAAAUUGUACCUCCCUCUGUGUGUGUGUGUGUCCCAGUGAGUACGGUGAUAAAUUGUUCUUUCCCUUUGGAAGUUUGGUAUUCCUGUGUGUAUCCCAGUCAGGGUCUGGCCGAAACCUCCAGGCAGGAAUGUGUCUCUGGUCUGCAGCAUUUCCAUGGUGCUGGUGUGACCCCCCCCCAGAGAGGAGCACACUGACAAUCUGUGCCUCCUUGCAGGACACCUCCUCCCUGUUUGCUGCUCCACCUCACUUAACACUUUGGGAAUGAGAAGCCCCAACAUGGAGGAGGAGCUUGGACCAUACCUCUGGCAGGCUGGGAGCAGGACUCGCCCUGUGCGACCCACACAACGGCCACAUGCGAGGGGUCGCUGGGCAUGGGCCCACACCUGAGCAAUUCCCCAGCUCGCUUCCCAUCCUCCUGGCUUGGCCCUCCAUGAUUCACUUUCCCCGGAGUGGCUCCUUCAGCUGCUGUGUCCUCCCAUCCUUUUCCCCCCUCGGUGUGAGCCUUCCCGCUGAGUCAGUCGAGCGAGCCGGGGGCUGGCUCCGGUGCCAGAAUGGCCACGUUGCAUUCCCUUGGGCAGUGGGUGCCGGUCAGUGAUUCAGCAGGGGCUGGCGUGAAACCUCUCGCACCCUUGGGGUCCACCUGGCGGUUUUAUACACAGAUAGCUAUAUUCUAUAUGCAUGAAGUAAACCUUUUAUAUUUUGUAAACCCUUGGAACAACGGAGUUGAAUUGAAACACUGAGCAUGGAAAAGUCGAGGCAGUAAGAAAUAUAUCUGCGCACACUCCCCUCCCAUCCCCUCAACCUUGAAGCACUGACACAGACUGACCCCAAAAAACAAACCUGUGUUCACGCCUCUGUUGCAGGGUCUUGUGCUCACUUUUCAUUUCCUUGACCAACAAUCUCAGGUAUCUUGCAGUUCUUGGAUUGUACUAACCAGAGGAGUGGGGGACGCGACUCGCUUGUUUCGAAGGGGGUGACGGAAAUGUUUCUUAACAGAAAAUUAAUUUUUUUGAUGAGAAUUAUAUCUUUGAUAUCAAAAGGAAAACCAGUGACCUGUGCUUCUCUGUCGCGUUUGCUGAGUUGUCUGUCUGCGCUGCCACAUUUUUGGGGAAUGUAAUGUGCUCUGAUGUGUCGCUGUUGAGUAUGGUUGUCCUGCGUGUCCCUCGUUUUGCACUAAUUCGUGCAAUAAACGUCUGCUUGUCUUCCA